UCUGGGAGGGGGCGGAAGGGAGGGAAGCCCGAGGGGGAGCUGCUAGCUGCAGCAUCAGCAACGGCAGUUAGCCGGAGGAGGAAGGAGAAGGAGGAGGAGGAGGAAGAUGAUGCAGAGUUGCCUGGUCAGCAGCUGACCCCAGGGGGGGAGCCCGGCCAUGACCUUCCUGGGGGGGCCUCGGCUCCUGGACUGGGCCAGCUCCCCCCCACACUUGCAAUUCAACCGCUUCGUGCUGACGGGCUACCGGCCGAUCAGCUCCGGGUCCGGCUGCCUCCGCAGCCUCUUCUACUUGCACAACGAACUGGGCAACAUCUACACCCACGGUAUACCUCUGCUGGGAUGUCUCUUUGUGUUGCCGUUGACCAUUCCAUGGACCCACAUCUCAGAAUCGUGGCUGGGUAUAGUGCACUACUUCGCUUGUGUCUGUCCACAACUGGGAAGCGUGCUCUACCACCUCUUUAUGAACCAUGAGGGAGGCCCUGCUAUCUAUCAUACCCUGCUUACCCUUGAUAUGUGUGGGGUAUGCAUGAUCAACACCCUGGGUGCUCUUCCAAUCAUCUACUGCACGCUGGCUUGCUCCCCAAUUCUCCGCACUAUUUCCCUUUUUGCCUACACUGGUUUAUCAAGCUACGGCAUCUUUUGUGCAGUGACUGCCCGCUCUAGUGUCCGGCGCCUGCGGUCUUUUGCCUGGCAGGCCCUGUUCCGCUUCUUCUUCUUCUAUCUGCGCUGGGUGGGACUAGGCACUGGACACCCUUCAUCGUUGCGCUCAUACCUCAUAAUGGAUGGUCUGGCCUUCCUUGGGGGAGUCAUCAACAUCUCGCGGGUGCCCGAGCGCUGGAAGCCGGGCCAUUUUGACUACUGGUUCAAUAGCCAUCAGAUUAUGCAUGUCCUAGUGGUAGUCAGCAUCCUGUAUUUACACUGGGGGGUAGUGGCUGAUCUACAGUGGAUUGCCAACAAUAUCUGCUGAAUGGAAUGACAACAUCAUGUCUAGACCAGCCUUUUCUACAGGAGAACCCCACAGAUUGAGAUGUGGGAGACUUCUGAGGUGUGGGCUGUUACGUAUCGUUGUUCAAAGUCUUCUACAAGGGCUGAAUUGAACAAAGAAGUUCAUGCGUACAUCCUGGAAACCAUCUACUUAGAACAGGGUUUAGGAUUAUUUCUUCCUCCUGGGAUCAUGGUUUCCCACUGGUUGAGUACUCAUGGGGUCAACAUUUAGAGAAUUUGGAUACUUCUGGGUGAAUAGCAAUGGUUUCCCAUUGAUUGAGGUGUUUUUAGGUCAGCUAGUGGUGUUCCCUGUUCUUCCAAAUUACCACCAUGGGGGUGGGUAAAAAUGAUUUAAUUAAGGAAUGGCUUGGCUUGUUGCCACCCAGCCUCAUAACUUGUCAGGAGUCACUGACUCUACUAAUGAUGGUUUUGCAUUAAUAUAAGUCGUUCGUGUCACUUGUAGGUCUUGCUAGCAGAGCUAGACUUUUUUCUGAUGUGGUGGUGAUUAAGAGAGAAUACCAUUACAUGGACAUUAUUUUCACCUAUUUUUAUGGUGAAAUAUGCACUGGUAAGAGUGAUUUAGUAGGAGAUGCUUGUUUUGAGUACAGCUUCUGUGCUUCAUAGAAACAAGAUAUUUAAAUAGACUUUUUAUCUGGGAAUCUUUCAGACAUCAUGCAAUAUUUUCUUAUUUUUUUUUAAAUAAGGGCUGGUUAGACACCUGGAUAUCAAGGUCAGCUGCACUGAACAAUGUUAAAGACCUUGAGGAAAGAAAUAGGUGGCAUAUAACUAACCAGUUCAUUGAGGGAGGGAUGCUCUCUUGUACGUUAAUUUGCUCUGACUUGAAGCACUUGAACCAGCAUCUCCCCCUAUUCCAAAGGGGGCCAUUAGGGGCCUUGAAACUGGAUUGGAGUGGAAAUUCAUAAGUCCAGGUUUCUAUUUCUCAUUAUUUGUAUCAAAUUUGGGACUAGGGCUCCCUUGCAGCAUGCUUCAGUUCCUGAUGAAUAUAGUUGGAAUUCAGUUCAGAAUGUCCAUCCUUGGGUUAGAUUUUGUCCUCCUACUAAUGUUUCCCCAACUAGACUUCCACCAGAGCAGGUGCUUUUCAUACUUUAGUGUUACUUUGGAAGAGCUUCCCCCCUUUCUCAUCUCUUAGUGGCUGUUGCUGCUGUAACUGCAGUUAUCAUGAACACGCACAUGCACUGCUAGUACCUUCUUCCCCUUUUCCUUUCUUGCCCCCAGGCUAGGAACUGGGAGGCUGGGCAUUUUCUUCAGGUACCUGAAUUUGGCCCAGGACCCUUACCUGCUGACCCAUAAUUUAGGUGCUCACUCAGUGCAAAUGAGAAAGGUAUCUAAACAAAACAAAACACACCUCAUAGUAAGAUAUCUGUUCUUUGACAGAGUGGAGUCUAGGUUUUGGCUUUUUAUUAAAAGUUUCCUGCAAGUGCAUGUUAUGUUCAUCCGUAUCUCAGUCAUGCUGAGAACAGUGAUUUGACUGUCAGAUAAAAAGUUUGAGUGACCAAGUACAACACAGCAGCUGAAAUGGAAGCGUGAGGCACAUUGCAUUGAGGCAGUUAUUAUGUUUCAGCUUCAGUAGGGGAAAAUACCAAAUUUAGGCCUUCUUUGUUCAUCAAUGAUUGCAUUCUGCCAAUGCAGAAGAUGGAUGCAUUUUAAUGACUGUGCAGGUGUGCAUUAUGAGGAGUAAAGGACUGAGUUAAGCCUCCAG